AUGGCGGCCCUUCGAAGCCAAGAAGCUCUUCCUGCUGAUGGGGAACUGCCAGGAAAUGAAGAUGCUGGAGCUGAAGUCAGGGAAGUUCCUCCGCGCAACGAAGAAGAACAAGGCCAUGCUCAAGACGAAGCUGCGCUCAAGGCAGCCGAAGACCAUGCUCAGCAGGACAUUCGCGUCCCUCCUGCUCCGCUUCGUGCUCCUCCUGGUCUCGCGCAGGGCUUCAAUCCAUUUGUUGCUCCUCCUAUGAAUGGCUAUGGGCCUUCCCCCUUCGGUUUUGGUGGUCCUUUCAAUUUUCAGCACAGCAGCCAGAGUGCUUUUACACCUCCUCAGCGCUUCCAGACCGAGCAACCUCCGUCUAACCAGCAACAUGCAGCACGCAUGGAGCAACCUCCUCUUGGCUUCCUCGAUCCUCAGUUUCAAGGCAUGCUCACGCACAUGUUCGCUGCUUCCGAAGAUCGGAUCGCUUCUCGGAUCGAGCAAAAGCUUUCCGCUGUUCAGGACUCUGUUUCUGCUGGUGCUGGUUCUUCUUCCUUCGAGAGCAAGAAGCGCAAGGGUGAGUCUCUCAAGAACGAAGGCAUCAAGAAGCAGUAUGUUCCUCUGGAGGAGGCUUCUCUUCACAUGCACGAGGUUCGCGACAGGGUCGCUGCUGUGGCUGAUGGUGAUCUUCCCCCCCUUGGUCCUGAGGAUGCAGAGAAGCUCCGCCAGCACCUGGAUGAAGGUAUCGACAUCUGCUCCAAGCGCUUGCAGUUUCUCGAAAUUGCUGAGUCAGAAGGCUGGAAUGUUUUGAAGAAAGUCGAAGAGCAAGCUUUCAUCUCCACUCUCCCAGACGAACUCCAAGCACAGGUCAAGAAGGCUAAGAAGGCUGUCAAGGAAGAUGAGCAAUCGAAGGAGAAGAAGAAGUCCUCUGGCAGGAAGUUUCGCGGUGGAG